ACAGAGAGGGCAUCUGAUGCUUUUCUCCUGCAGACUGGCUCGGGGAAGACAUACACGAUGGGCACCGGGUUCGAGGUUGGCGUUUCAGGCGAGGAGGUGGGCAUUAUUCCACGUGCCGUCCGCCAUCUUUUCACCGCCAUCGAAGAACGAAAACGAACCGCCACCGAACAAGGAUUAACCCCCCCAGAGUUCAAGAUCAAUGCACAGUUUUUAGAGUUGUACAAUGAGGAGGUUUUGGAUUUGUUCGACUCGACUCGAGAUAUGAAACAAAAAUCUCAAAUCAAAAUCCACGAAGACCCGAAUGGAGGAAUCUACACUGUGGGAGUGACCACGCGGCAAGUCCAGUCAGAGUCCGAGAUGAUCCAGUGUCUGAAGUUGGGGGCUCUCUCGAGGACCACAGCUAGCACACAGAUGAACGUUCAAAGCUCCAGAUCUCACGCCAUCUUCACCAUUCACGUGUGCCAAGUGCGAGUCUGCACCAACAACAACGAGGAACAGGAUAACCGUGUGUCUCAGUCGGAGGUGGACGAGUAUGAGACUCUCACAGCAAAGUUCCAUUUUGUGGAUUUGGCCGGAUCUGAAAGACUGAAGAGAACCGGAGCAACUGGAGAGAGAGCCAGAGAGGGAAUCUCUAUCAACUGCGGACUGUUGGCUCUGGGGAACGUGAUCAGCGCUUUGGGAGAUCGGACAAAACGGUCGUGUCAUGUCCCGUAUCGAGACUCCAAACUCACACGUCUCCUGCAGGACUCUCUGGGAGGAAACAGUCAGACAGUGAUGAUCGCCUGCAUCAGCCCCUCAGACAGUGACUUCAUGGAGACACUGAACACACUGAAAUACGCCAACAGAACACGGAACAUACGGAACCGCGUGAUGGUGAACCAGGACCGGGCUAGUCAGCAGAUCAGCGCACUUCGGACCGAGAUCGCACGGCUGCAGAGGGAGAUACUGGAGUACAGGACGGGAAAGCGUGUCCCCGGGGAGGAUGGCGUGGACUGCUUCAGUGACAUGUUUCAUGAAAAUUCAAUGCUUCAGACAGAGAACAGUAACCUGAGGGUCAGAGUGAAAGCCAUGCAAGAGACUAUAGACGCACAGAGGAGCAGGCUGACCAAUCUGAUCAGCCAACAGGCCCUGAUAAAGACAGGAGACGAGGGCUCAGAGGAGAUUGGGACCAUGAUCCAGGGAUACAUCAAGGAGAUCGAAGACCUGAGGGCAAAGCUUCUGGAGAGUGAGGCAGUGAAUGAGACUCUUCGUAAAAGUGUGAAUCGAUCCUCCAGUCGACCGUUUUAUUCUGGUCCAGAAAAAGAGACUGACGACAUCAUUGAGCUUGCUAAAAAAGACCUGGAAAAACUCAAAAGGAGAGAGCGCAAAAAGAAGAAGAGGCUGCAACUCUUAUCAGAGGACAGAGACACAGAGGAGAAGGAGGAGGACUCCAGUGUAAACAAAGAGGAGGAACCUGACAAUGAGCAGAAGUGCCCAGAGAAAGGAAGAGAAGGAGAGAGAACCUCUCAGGAUGUAGCAGAAGUGAGUGAUCAUGAUGAAGUGGAGGAAGAGGAGGAGAUGGAGGAGGAGGAAAGCUCAGAGUCUGACUCUGAGUCUGAUGAGAAAGAGCACUUCCAGGAGGACCUGGCCAACAUCACGUGUGAAAUCGCCAUCAAACAGAAACUCAUUGACGAGUUAGAAAACAGCCAGAGACGACUCCACACUCUGAAACUACAGUAUGAGCAGAAACUACUACUACUGCAGUACAAGAUACAAGAGACACAGCAGGAGAGGGACAAAGUACUGCACAACAUGACUCCAGUGGACAGUGGCUCUGAGGACAGAGCCAAACGCGUCAAAGCCGAAUAUGAACGAAAACUGUCUGUGAUGAACCGAGAACUCCAGAGACUGCAGGCAGCGCAGAGAGAGCACGCCAGGCUACUGAAGAACCAAAGCCAGUAUGAGAGACAGCUAAAGACUCUGCAAGGGGAGGUGGCUGAUAUGAAGAGGGGGCGUGGUUAUCCCAACCACAUCGAAAGGUGUCCAGGUCUUCCUGUAGGCGUGGCAGAAACACGUAGUGGCAACAGAAGAGAUGUACAAGACUCCCAAUGCUGA